AUGGGGAAACUCAUUCGGCUGGAGCUUUUCAAUUUCAAAUCCUACAAGGGCCACCAUACUCUUCUGUUCGGAGACGCCUACUUCACGUCUAUUAUCGGACCCAAUGGAUCGGGCAAGUCGAAUUCUAUGGAUGCCAUUUCGUUCGUUCUCGGAAUCAAGUCUUCACACCUACGUUCCACGAACCUCCGCGAUCUUGUUUACCGUGGUCGUGUUCUGCGCACCUCCAAGGUCGAUGGAGAGCCGGCCGCCAAUGGAGACGAUGGAGAACAGGAACGCGAUGCGGAGAAUAUGGAUAUGUCGCAGGAUUCUGAAGGUCUGAACGAUCCUAAAUCUGCUUGGGUCAUGGCUGUGUAUGAGGAUGAUGCUGGCGAGGAGCAACAAUGGCGCCGCUCCAUCACUAGCCAAGGUGUCAGCGAGUACCGCAUCAACAACCGAGUCGUCACUGCCCAGCAAUACAACGAGGCUUUGGAGGAGGAGAAUAUUCUCAUUCGAGCCCGUAACUUCCUGGUCUUCCAGGGAGACGUCGAAGCGAUCGCAUCACAGUCCCCCAAAGACCUCACUCGGUUGAUUGAACAGAUUUCUGGCAGUUUGGACUACAAGGCAGACUACGAGAAGCUCAAGGCGGAAGCAGAGGAGGCGGCAGAACAGCAGACUGUUCAGCUCAACCGCCGAAGAGGCAUCAAUUCGGAGGUCAAACAAUACCAGGAGCAGAAACGGGAAGCAGAGAACUAUGCUAAGAAGGCCGAGGAACGCGACCAGGCUAUUAUCACUCAUAUUCUGUGGAAGCUUUUCCAUUUCCAGCGACUGAUCGACGCAUCCAGUGCUGAUAUCCAGAAAUAUCAAGAUGAGCUGAAGGAAUAUCGUCGCGGCGUCGAGAAGUACGAAAACAAUGUUGAAGACGCCAAGAAAGAGCAUGCUCGUGUUGGCAGAGAUGUCGGCAAGGCCGAGAAGAAGAUUUCAAAUAAGGAAAAGGAGAUUGAGGAGCUCAGUAACUCUUUAGUACCGAUCGACGAAAAGGUAGAUAUCACUCAAAGGAAGGUGGAGCGCUAUUCUUCCAAAAUUUCCGAGAUUGGCAAGGAGAGUGCAGCCCAGUCGAACAACGCGAAACAGCUGGAGAAAGACUUGAAACUUGUUGAGAAAGCACAAGGCCAAUGGGAGGCUGAGUGGCAGAAGACAAUGAGCAAGAAAGGAGGCCAGCUGAGUGAAGCUGAUCAGCAAGAAUACCACAAACUCAGGGAAGAAGUCAGCAAGCGGUCGUCGGCAGAUCAACUGAACCUCGACAACCUUCGGCGGCAGAGAAAGACCGAAGCCGAAGCAGUCAACAGCUUGAAGGGUAAAUUCGAGACCACCGAGUGGCAGCUCAAGAACCUGGAAUCGGAUGCCCAGAACAUGAAUGACCGUAACUUAACACUGAAUGACAUCAUCAAAACGACCUCUAAGGAUAUUGAUCGCAAGAAGAAAGAGCUGAAUGCAUUGGCCUCUGAACGUUUGAAGGUCUCUCAAAUGCGAACCGAAUUCGAGGAGAAACUUCAAGUCGUGUUGCGAAAGCUGCUUGAAGCUGAUGAUGGGAAGAAGCAGACCGAACGGGAUAUCCGUGCCAAGGAAUUGAUUUCAACAUUGAAACGCAUCUUCCCUGGUGUCAAGGGCCGUGUCAGCGACCUCUGCCGACCAAAGCAAAAGAAAUAUUCCGAAGCAGUUAGCACUGUCUUGGGCCGACACUUCGAUGCCAUUGUGGUGGACAACGAGAAGACUGCCAAGGAAUGCAUUCAGCAUCUUCGUGACCAAAGAGCUGGACAGGCUACUUUCAUCCCGCUGGAGACCAUUCAGGUCAAGGCCUUUAAUUCCAACUUGAAGGGCAUGCACCGUGGAAUGCGUCCUGCGAUUGAGACUAUUGAUUAUGAUGACUCUGUGGCACGCGCAAUCAGCUAUGCCUGUGGCAAUUCGAUUGUCUGUGAUGAUCUAGCCACUGCCAAGUAUCUGUGUUAUGAGCGAAAUAUUGAUGCCAAGGCUGUCACUCUGGAUGGGACGGUAAUCCACAAGGGUGGUCUCAUGACUGGUGGACGUGGCCCCCAGCAGAACUCCAAGCGGUGGGAGGACUCCGAAGUGGAAAACCUUCACAAGCUCAAAGAUAAACUCAUGGCCGAUCUUGCUAAUCUUCCUAAGAGUCAUCGCCGGGGCUCCGAGGAAGAGACUCUAGAGGGCGAGCUUGUUGGCCUUGAACAACGUCUGAACUAUUCCCGAGAGGAGCUGAAAGCUCUUGAGCGAAACAUUGAGAGCAAGCGCAAUGAACUUGACUUUGUUAAGCGCCAGAUGGAAGAUCUGCGACCCAAAUAUGCCGAGCGGAAGGAGAAUUUGGAUGAACUGGAUGAGACCAUCGAAAGUUCUCAGUCCUCGGUGAGCUCGGUUGAAGAUGAAAUCUACCGCAAGUUCUGCAAGCGUCUUGGCUACGAGAACAUUCGUGAAUACGAGGCUCAGCAGGGCUCUCUGCAAGAGGCAGCUGCGCAGAAAAAGCUCGAAUUCACGACCCAGAAAAGUCGCAUCGAGAACCAGCUGAGCUUCGAAAGACAACGUAUACAAGCCACGGAAGAUCGUAUCAAUGGUCUCAAGGCUCAGUACCAGCGCGACAUGAGCUUGAUUAAUGAGCUGAAAGACCAGCAAGAGGACAUUCGGAACAAGCUGGAUGAAUGCAGUGCAGAACUCGACCUCUUGCGUGAGAACUUGGAGCAACAGAAGGAGAUAUACGCGCAAUCUGCCGAGAAUCUUGCUGAGCAGCGAAAAGAACUCCAAAAGCGGAGCAAGCACGUUGAAAGUGCCCUGAAGAAUAUCAAUGCCCUUGAGAGUGAGAUUCAGCGUAAUUCGUCCAGCCGGUAUGCCCUGCUGCGACGCUGCAAGCUGGAAGAUAUCGAUAUUCCAUUGACAAGUUCUUCAAACCGCCUCGAUAAACUUCCCAUUGACGAAAUGGUGCAGACCACUGACCCUGAUGCUAUGGACGUGGACGAGGCCGAUGAUAUGGACGAAGCACCUGUCGUGCAAGACUAUGGAAUCGAGGUUGACUUCGACUCCUUAGGCGAGUCCCUGAAAGAGGGAACCGACGAGAAGCUCGAAGAAGAACUCCUCGACAAGGUUCGUUCUCUGAAUAGCGAACUAGACAAGAUGGCACCAAAUACUCGAGCCAUGGAGCGUCUUGAGAGCGUUGAGAACAAGCUUCGUAGCACCGAAAAGGACUUUGAAGAUGCCCGAAAAUAUGCUCGAAAGGCCAAGGAAGACUUUGAAGGGGUCAUGAAGAAGCGAUCCGAUCUCUUUAACAAGGCUUUUACACACAUCUCUGAGCAAAUCGGGCCGAUUUACCGGGAGUUGACUCGCAGUGCCAAUUACCCGCUUGGCGGACAAGCGUAUCUGGAUAUCGAAGAUUCAGAUGAACCCUACCUUGACGGCAUCAAAUACCAUGCCAUGCCUCCACUCAAGCGUUUCCGUGACAUGGAGCACUUAUCCGGUGGCGAGAAAACCAUGGCAGCGCUUGCUCUGCUGUUCGCUAUUCACUCGUACCAACCUUCGCCCUUCUUUGUGCUCGACGAGGUUGAUGCAGCACUUGAUAACACCAAUGUCGCUCGAAUUGCCAACUACAUUCAUGACCACGCUGCCCCAGGCAUGCAGUUCAUUGUCAUCAGUUUGAAGACCGGGCUUUUCCAGAAUAGUGAGGCCCUCGUCGGUAUCUACCGAGACCAGGUUGAGAAUAGCAGCAAAUCCCUGACCCUUGAUCUCCGGAAGUACACCUAA